GUGUACCAUAGUAAAUAAUGAUAAGGUAAAAUCUAUGUAAUGUGAACCGUAUCAAUAAAAUAAACAAGUUAUCACUGUGUAGUCACGUAUAAAUUACUGAUAAGGUUUGUUUCCGAGACCCCGCUAUCGGAGCCUUUUCAGCUCUGCUUCAUGUAUCCGACAUGGAAAUUCUUUAUGCCAUUUAUUUCUUAACUUUGCUGAGUGUCGGGUCUUGCAUUUUGGAUCCGUGCUACUACUACCAAGAUGCCACCACAUUUGACCUCACGCAUCCGUUCUACGAGGGGAUACCGGCUUAUCCUGGGCUUGAUCCGCAGGCUUUUGAUCUGAACUUAGCCUACGAGUACGGAGACCCGCACUUCUUCCUCUCGUACAACUAUUCUGUGUCCGGUCUGGCAGGAACCUCAAUGACGUCACCGGCCGUCUUCUACCCGUUUAAUCGUCAAAUAUCGGAGAUUCCUUUUAGUCAACUUGUCAGGCUCAUCGGUCGUGUUAUCGACAUCAGCAGCCAGGUAAAGCUCAACCCCAACUAUGAGGCGACUGUUGACGAUAUCGUGUGCAACGAAAACGAAUACGGCUGCUUCGCUCCGGGCACGGUUGUCAUCUUCUACACCGGCUGGGCGGGUAGGUGGCCCAACCAGGAGCGAGUUUUUGGUCUAGAAGGACUUCUAGGUCUUGACUUGCUUCCCAUCGACUACAACUACCCUGGAAUUUCUGAAGAGGCCGCUCGGUAUAUUGCCAGUCAACCUAAUGUGUAUGGAGUGAUGAUAGACUCUCCUGGGGUGGACUCUGGGGCUGUUCCGAUCAUCGGUUUUGACAUCUACAAGUCUUCUAGAAUUCUCGCUCGCGAGAAUAAGUACAUCGUGCAGAAUGUAAAUUUGGAGUGUACCUUACCCAACAUAAACCUAAAGAUCUACAUUUUACCUUUGUAUGUGUUAGGAGGCACCAGUGCUCCUUGUAGGAUAUUCGCUCACGUAUGUCAAGACCAAUGCCCCGUACCUGCUCUACCACCACCACCACCGCCGCCACCACCACCACCCCCACCACCGCCACCACCACUACAAUUUCUCCCUCCACCACCUCCACCAGCACCUCCAGCUCCUCUCCAUAUUUCCGGAAUAAGAAGGAUAUAGAUUCCUCUUACGAUUGCCAAGUACACAUCUUAAACCAUCAUUCUGUUGAGCAACUGGAUAUAUCAUGGUAAAUUUUAUCUUUACCCAUUAUAGAAAAUAACUGCUAUAUGUGAAUAAUACAUGAAUCUGCCGCCUACGUUCUUCUGUUAUGUAAUAUUGAUAUAUGUUUUUGAUAAAUAAACUAGUUAAAGUUAUUGUUA